AUGCAUCACUCCAAGGAUGGACGCCGCCCAGAAGCGGAGAGCCUGAUCAAAAAACAUCACGAUGCCCAGAAGCUUGAAAAGCGUAGGGUGGAGAAGGCCGAGGUUGCCUCCGCGUUCCAUGGCAGAGAUGGACAUCAGAAGGAGCAUGUCACUGUUGAGUUCAAGGACGCCAAUGGCAACCACGUCACUACUCACCAUGUUCGAGGGCCGAGGGACAACAAGUAA